AUGUAUAAAUUAUUUCAGGAGGUUUUCAAAAGAAAGGGUGAUGAAACUAUUGAUGGUGAAUUAAAUGGGGAAAAUGAAACUUCGUUUGACAAUUCUCAUCUGAAAUGUAAGACAGAAACACCCGUAAACAAGACAAAAAAACCUGCUAGUAAAUCAAUUGUAUUAGUGAAUAAGGCAACCCAAACUGCAUAUAAAUCGGACGAACCAGUAAACAAGACACAAGAAACUAUUCAUCGAUCAGAAGUAUUAGUAAACAAGACAAAAGAAAUUGUUCAUACAGAAGAAGGAUUUGUGACCAAGACACAAGAAUAUUUAAGUACAGUAGAAACGCAAGUGAAGACUCUAAGGAAAUCAGAAGUACGAUUAGAUCAAAAUCAAAAACCUAACAGUAAAAUUGAAAGACCAGUGGACAAGACACAAGAACAUGCCAUUGAAUCAAAAGAACCUGAAAAGCCAGUAAAUAUUCAACAAAAGCAAUCUAAUGAAGCAACAGAUAAAGUAGCAAAGGAUGUUUUCAAAGGUACGAUUGGUGGAACAGUUGAUAGUCAAACAAAUUUUGAAAUUAAAAGUACAUUAGAUAAUCUUAUACUGAAAAGUGGGACAGAAUAUGCAGAGAACAAAGCAAGAAAACCUGUCAGUGAAUCAGAUGUAGAAAUGAAAAAGAUACACAAAAAUCAGCAAAAUUUGAAUUUAUAUAUUGCUUGUCAGAAUAAACAGAUAGAGAUAGAAAAAAAGCCACUGGACAACAAGGCAGACAUAAAUAAGUGUGUAAAUAAUGGUACAUCGCCUAUGCAUGUUGCUUUUUACAAUAAUUAUAUGGAGGCUGUAAAAGUAUUACUUGACAACAAGGCAGAUAUUAAUGCGUGUGAUGAUAAUGGAGCAUCUCUUUUAUAUAUCGCUUGCCAGAACAACUAUAUAGAGAUAGUAAAGGUGUUACUGGACAACAAGGCUAACAUUAAUGCGUGUUAUUUUAACGGGGGAUCUCCAUUAUAUAUUGCUUGUCAGAACAAUUAUGUAGAGUUAGUUAAGUUACUACUGGACAACAAGGCAGACAUCAAUCAAUGCAGAGAUAAUGGAACAUCUACAUUGAAUGUUGCUAGUCAGAAUAAUCAUAUAGAGACAGUACAAAUAUUACUUAAUAACAAGGCAGACAUUAAUAAGUGUAAUGAUGAUGGAGCAUCUGCCUUGUAUAUGGCUUGUCAGAAUAAUCACAAAGAGGUAGUCAAACUAUUAUUGGACAGCAAGGCAGACAUUAAUGCGUGUGAUGAUAAUGGGGGUCCAUUAUAUAUUGCUUGUCAGAACAAUCAUAUAGAGUUAGUUAAGUUACUACUGGACAACAAGGCAGACACCAAUCAAUGCAGAGAUAAUGGAGCAUCUCCAUUGAAUGUUGCUAGUCAGAAUAAUCAUAUAGAGACAGUACAAAUAUUACUUAAUAACAAUGCAGACAUUAAUAAGUGUGAUGAUGAUGGAACAUCUGCUUUGUAUAUGGCUUGUCAGAACAAUCAUAUAGAGUUAGUUAAGUUACUACUGGACAACAAGGCAGACAUCAAUAAGUCCAGGGAUAACGGUGUAUCUCCUAUGCAUGUUGCUUGUUACAAUAAUCAUGUAGAGAUAGUAAAGGUGUUACUGGACAACAAGGCGGACAUUAAUAAGUGUGAUGAUAAUGGAUCAUCUCCUAUGCAUGUUGCAUGUUACAAUAAUCAUAUACAGAUAGUAAAGGUGUUACUGGACAACAAGGCUGACAUUAAUGCGUGUGAUUUUAACGGGGGAUCUCGAUUAUAUAGUGCUUGUCAGAACAAUCAUGUAGAGUUAGUUAAGUUACUACUGGACAACAAGGCAGACAUCAAUCAAUGCAGAGAUAAUGGAACAUCUCCAUUGAAUGUUGCUAGUCAAAAUAAUCAUAUAGAGACAGUACAAAUAUUACUUAAUAACAAGGCAGACAUUAAUAAGUGUAAUGAUGAUGGAGCAUCUGCUUUGUAUAUGGCUUGUCAGAAUAAUCACAAAGAGGUAGUCAAACUAUUAUUGGACAGCAAGGCGGACAUUAAUGCGUGUGAUGAUAAUGGGGGUCUAUUAUAUAUUGCUUGUCAGAACAAUCAUAUAGAGUUAGUUAAGUUACUACUGGACAACAAGGCAGACAUUAAUCAAUGCAGAGAUAAUGGAGCAUCUCCAUUGAAUGUUGCUAGUCAGAAUAAUCAUAUAGAGACAGUACAAAUAUUACUUAAUAACAAUGCAGACAUUAAUAAGUGUGAUGAUGAUGGAACAUCUGCUUUGUAUAUGGCUUGUCAGAACAAUCAUAUAGAGUUAGUUAAGUUACUACUGGACAACAAGGCAGUCAUCAAUAAGUCCAGGGAUAACGGUGUAUCUCCUAUGCAUGUUGCUUGUUACAAUAAUCAUGUAGAGAUAGUAAAGGUGUUACUGGACAACAAGGCAGACAUUAAUAAGUGGGAUGAUGAUAGAGCAUCUGCUUUGUAUAUGGCUUGUCAGAACAAUCAUAUAGAGUUAGUUAAGUUACUACUGGACAACAAGGCAGACAUCAAUAAGUCCAGGGAUAACGGUGUAUCUCCUAUGCAUGUUGCUUGUUACAAUAAUCAUGUAGAGAUAGUAAAGGUGUUACUGGACAACAAGGCGGACAUUAAUAAGUGUGAUGAUAAUGGAUCAUCUCCUAUGCAUGUUGCAUGUUACAAUAAUCAUGUAGAGAUAGUAAAGGUUUUACUGGACAACAAGGCGGACAUUAAUAAGUGUGAUGAUAAUGGAUCAUCUCCUAUGCAUGUUGCAUGUUACAAUAAUCAUAUAGAGAUAGUAAAGGUGUUACUGGACAACAAGGCAGACAUUAAUAAGUGUGAUGAUAAUGGAGCAUCUCCUAUGAAUGUUGCUUGUUACAAUAAUCAUAAAGAGAUAGUAAAGGUGUUACUGGACAACAAGGCUAACAUUAAUGCAUGUGAUGUUAACGGGGGAUCUCCAUUAUAUAUUGCUUGUCAGAACAAUUAUGUAGAGUUAGUCAAGUUACUACUGGACAACAAGGCAGACAUCAAUCAAUGCAGAGAUAAUGGAGCAUCUCCAUUGAUUGUUGCUAGUCAGAAUUAUCAUAUAGAGACAGUACAAAUUAUACUUAAUAACAAGGCAGACAUUAAUAAGUGUAAUGAUGAUGGAGCAUCUGCCUUGUAUAUGGCUUGUCAGAAUAAUCACAAAGAGGUAGUCAAACUAUUAUUGGACAGCAAGGCAGACAUUAAUGCGUGUGAUGAUAAUGGGGGUCCAUUAUAUAUUGCUUGUCAGAACAAUCAUAUAGAGUUAGUUAAGUUACUACUGGACAACAAGGCAGACAUCAAUCAAUGCAGAGAUAAUGGAGCAUCUCCAUUGAUUGUUGCUAGUCAGAAUAAUCAUAUAGAGACAGUACAAAUAUUACUUGAUAACAAGGCAGACAUUAAUAAGUGUGAUGAUGAUGGAUCAUCUGCUUUGUAUAUGGCUUGUCAGAAUAAUCACAGAGAGGUAGUCAAACUAUUAUUGGACAGCAAAGCAGACAUUAAUGCGUAUGAUGAUAAUGGGGGUUUAUUAUAUAUUGCUUGUCAGAACAAUCAUAUAGAGUUAGUUAAGUUACUGCUGGACAACAAGGCAGACAUCAAUCAAUGCAGAGAUAAUGGAGCAUCUCCAUUGAUUGUUGCUAGUCAGAAUAAUCAUAUAGAGACAGUACAAAUAUUACUUGAUAACAAGGCAGACAUUAAUAAGUGUGAUGAUGAUGGAGCAUCUGCUUUGUAUAUGGCUUGUCAGAACAAUCAUAUAGAGUUAGUUAAGUUACUACUGGACAACAAGGCAGACAUCAAUAAGUCCAGGGAUAACGGUGUAUCUCCUAUGCAUGUUGCUUGUUACAAUAAUAAUGUAGAGAUAGUAAAGGUGUUACUGGACAACAAAGCGAACAUUAAUAAGUGUGAUGAUAAUGGAUCAUCUCCUAUGCAUGUUGCAUGUUACAAUAAUCAUGUAGAGAUAGUAAAGGUGUUACUGGACAACAAGGCGGACAUUAAUAAGUGUGAUGAUAAUGGAGCAUCUCCUUUAUAUAUCGCUUGCCAGAACAACUAUAUAGAGAUAGUAAAGGUAUUACUUGAAAACAAGGUAGACAUCAAUCAGUGUGCGAAUAAUGGUGCAUCUCCUAUGAAUGUUGCUUGUUACAAUAAUCAUAUAGAGAUAGUAAAGGUGUUACUGGACAACAAGGCAGACAUUAAUAAGUGUGAUGAUAAUGGAGCAUCUCCUAUGCAUGUUGCUUGUUACAAUAAUCAUAUAGAGAUAGUAAAGGUGUUACUGGACAACAAGGCUGACAUUAAUGCGUGUGAUGUUAACGGGGGAUCUCGAUUAUACAUUGCUUGUCUCAACAAUCAUGUAGAGUUAGUUAAGUUACUACUGGACAACAAGGCAGACAUCAAUCAAUGCAGAGAUAAUGGAACAUCUCCAUUGAAUGUUGCUAGUCAAAAUAAUCAUAUAGAGACAGUACAAAUAUUACUUAAUUACAAGGCAGACAUUAAUAAGUGUGAAGAUGAUGGAGCAUCUGCUUUGUAUAUGGCUUGUCAGAAUAAUCACAAAGAGGUAGUCAAACUAUUAUUGGACAGCAAGGCAGACAUUAAUGCGUGUGAUGAUAAUGGGGGUCUAUUAUAUAUUGCUUGUCAGAACAAUCAUAUAGAGUUAGUUAAGUUACUACUGGACAACAAGGCAGACAUCAAUCAAUGCAGAGAUGAUGGAGCAUCUCCAUUGAAUGUUGCUAGUCAGAAUAAUCAUAUAGAGACAGUACAAAUAUUACUUAAUUACAAGGCAGACAUUAAUAAGUGUAAUGAUGAUGGAGCAUCUGCUUUGUAUAUGGCUUGUCAGAAUAAUCACAAAGAGGUAGUCAAACUAUUAUUGGACAGCAAGGCAGACAUUAAUGCGUGUGAUGAUAAUGGGGGUCUAUUAUAUAUUGCUUGUCAGAACAAUCAUAUAGAGUUAGUUAAGUUACUACUGGACAACAAGGCAGACAUCAAUCAAUGCAGAGAUGAUGGAGCAUCUCCAUUGAAUGUUGCUAGUCAGAAUAAUCAUAUAGAGACAGUACAAAUAUUACUUAAUUACAAGGCAGACAUUAAUAAGUGUGAAGAUGAUGGAGCAUCUGCUUUGUAUAUGGCUUGUCAGAACAAUCAUAUAGAGUUAGUUAAGUUACUACUGGACAACAAGGCAGACAUCAAUAAGUCCAGGGAUAACGGUGUAUCUCCUUUGCAUGUUGCUUGUUACAAUAAUCAUGUAGAGAUAGUAAAGGUGUUACUGGACAACAAGGCGUACAUUAAUAAGUGUGAUGAUAAUGGAUCAUCUCCUAUGCAUGUUGCAUGUUACAAUAAUCAUAUAGAGAUAGUAAAGGUGUUACUGGACAACAAUGCUGACAUUAAUGCGUGUGAUGUUAACGGGGGAUCUCAAUUAUAUAUUGCUUGUCAGAACAAUCAUGUAGAGUUAGUUAAGUUACUACUGGACAACAAGGCAGACAUCAAUCAAUGCAGAGAUAAUGGAACAUCUCCAUUGAAUGUUGCUAGUCAGAAUAAUCAUAUAGAGACAGUACAAAUAUUACUUAAUAACAAGGCAGACAUUAAUAAGUGGGAUGAUGAUGGAGCAUCUGCUUUGUAUAUGGUUUGUCAGAACAAUCAUAUAGAGUUAGUUAAGUUACUACUGGACAACAAGGCAGACACCAAUAAGUCCAGGGAUAACGGUGUAUCUCCUAUGCAUGUUGCUUGUUACAAUAAUCAUGUAGAGAUAGUAAAGGUGUUACUGGACAACAAGGCGGACAUUAAUAAGUGUGAUGAUAAUGGAUCAUCUCCUAUGCAUGUUGCAUGUUACAAUAAUCAUAUAGAGAUAGUAAAGGUGUUACUGGACAACAAGGCAGACAUUAAUAAGUGUGAUGAUAAUGGAGCAUCUCCUAUGAAUGUUGCUUGUUACAAUAAUCAUAUAGAGAUAGUAAAGGUGUUACUGGACAACAAGGCUAACAUUAAUGCAUGUGAUGUUAACGGGGGAUCUCCAUUAUAUAUUGCUUGUCAGAACAAUUAUGUAGAGUUAGUCAAGUUACUACUGGACAACAAGGCAGACAUCAAUCAAUGCAGAGAUAAUGGAGCAUCUCCAUUGAUUGUUGCUAGUCAGAAUUAUCAUAUAGAGACAGUACAAAUAUUACUUAAUAACAAGGCAGACAUUAAUAAGUGUAAUGAUGAUGGAGCAUCUGCCUUGUAUAUGGCUUGUCAGAAUAAUCACAAAGAGGUAGUCAAACUAUUAUUGGACAGCAAGGAAGACAUUAAUGCGUGUGAUGAUAAUGGGGGUCCAUUAUAUAUUGCUUGUCAGAACAAUCAUAUAGAGUUAGUUAAGUUACUACUGGACAACAAGGCAGACAUCAAUCAAUGCAGAGAUAAUGGAGCAUCUCCAUUGAUUGUUGCUAGUCAGAAUAAUCAUAUAGAGACGGUACAAAUAUUACUUGAUAACAAGGCAGACAUUAAUAAGUGUGAUGAUGAUGGAGCAUCUGCUUUGUAUAUGGCUUGUCAGAACAAUCAUAUAGAGUUAGUUAAGUUACUACUGGACAACAAGGCAGACAUCAAUAAGUCCAGGGAUAACGGUGUAUCUCCUAUGCAUGUUGCUUGUUACAAUAAUAAUGUAGAGAUAGUAAAGGUGUUACUGGACAACAAAGCGAACAUUAAUAAAUGUGAUGAUAAUGGAUCAUCUCCUAUGCAUGUUGCAUGUUACAAUAAUCAUGUAGAGAUAGUAAAGGUGUUAUUGGACAACAAGGCGGACAUUAAUAAGUGUGAUGAUAAUGGAGCAUCUCCUUUAUAUAUCGCUUGCCAGAACAACUAUAUAGAGAUAGUAAAGGUAUUACUUGAAAACAAGGUAGACAUCAAUCAGUGUGCGAAUAAUGGUGCAUCUCCUAUGAAUGUUGCUUGUUACAAUAAUCAUAUAGAGAUAGUAAAGGUGUUACUGGACAACAAGGCAGACAUCAAUAAGUCCAGGGAUAACGGUGUAUCUCCUUUGCAUGUUGCUUGUUACAAUAAUCAUGUAGAGAUAGUAAAGGUGUUACUGGACAACAAGGCGUACAUUAAUAAGUGUGAUGAUAAUGGAUCAUCUCCUAUGCAUGUUGCAUGUUACAAUAAUCAUAUAGAGAUAGUAAAGGUGUUACUGGACAACAAUGCUGACAUUAAUGCGUGUGAUGUUAACUGGGGAUCUCAAUUAUAUAUUGCUUGUCAGAACAAUCAUGUAGAGUUAGUUAAGUUACUACUGGACAACAAGGCAGACAUCAAUCAAUGCAGAGAUAAUGGAACAUCUCCAUUGAAUGUUGCUAGUCAGAAUAAUCAUAUAGAGACAGUACAAAUAUUACUUAAUAACAAGGCAGACAUUAAUAAGUGGGAUGAUGAUGGAGCAUCUGCUUUGUAUAUGGCUUGUCAGAACAAUCAUAUAGAGUUAGUUAAGUUACUACUGGACAACAAGGCAGACACCAAUAAGUCCAGGGAUAACGGUGUAUCUCCUAUGCAUGUUGCUUGUUACAAUAAUCAUGUAGAGAUAGUAAAGGUGUUACUGGACAACAAGGCAGACAUUAAUAAGUGUGAUGAUAAUGGAGUAUCUCCUAUGCAUGUUGCUUGUUACAAUAAUCAUAUAGAGAUAGUAAAGGUGUUACUGGACAACAAGGCUGACAUUAAUAAGUGUACAAAUAAUGGUGCAACACCAUUACUAAUUGCUUGUAAUUUGAAGCAUAUAGGGAUAGUCAAGAUAUUACUGGAGUAUAAGUGA